AUGUCAACCUCAAUAUCAUCAAGGCGAAAGCUUUUGGCGUCUAAUGCCAUGCAGAGUUUCACUAGCGCUGCCUUGCGAAUUACUGCAGAAGCAAAGAUAUCCGAUCAUCUUCUCGGCCACCCAGAUGGCCUGCACGUCUCCGAACUCUCUAGCAGGAGCGGCAUCGAGGCGGGUAGAUUGUCCCGGGUCCUGCGGCUUCUCGCUACCCAGCAUUGCUACAGGGAAGUGACAGACGACCCGGUUUCACAUUAUAUCGCAAUAACCACUGACGAGAGCAUGAAGUGUAUCGUGCAGCUGAAUCAGACAUUUAAGGACGCAGAGUACGCUACUUCGGAUAGCGCCGACAAGUCAGCGUUCACGCGCGUUUUUGGCAUGCAUUACUUCGCGUAUCUGGGAAGUGCAACAGACACCUUUGCGAAAGCAAUGAUAGGCGCCGGAGAGAUCAUGAACAAAGGAGCGCUCGCGAAAGCGUAUCCUUGGUCGACAUUACACAAGGACGCCGUUAUUUGCGAUGUAGGAGGAGGAAACGGUCACAUGUCUAUGCUGCUUAUGAAGCAAUUCCCCCACAUGAAGGCUGUGAUCCAAGACCAGCCUUCCUUCAUGAAUAUUGCUCAACAGGUCAACUUGUCCCGGGACACUUUCAUAUGUGACAUCACUAUCAGACAUGACUGGCCCGACGCAGAGUGCAUAGUAAUCCUGGAGAACGUGCGACGAGCGAUGAAGCCUUCGAGCAAACUGCUUAUCCGUGAGGAAAUUGACCAAAGCUUGAUUCAAAUGAUGACGCUUCUCUCAGAUGAAUUCAUCUGCCGACCGGUUGCGGCUACCACCACGGCGAACGCUAUGGAGCAGAGGGCGAACCGUGGAGCACCUCGCAGACUUGGGGUCGGGACUGAAGUUGGUGGCAAACUGGGACUUGGGAGAGAUGGGUUUGGUGGAGAUGUGCCAUGCGUAGGAUGGGAGAGCUCUGAUUGGUUGACGGCCUUCGGCUUAUGUCACUACAGUUCGCAGACGUGGUUGUAUUCCGCAGGCGCUCAGUCCUCUGUCUACGAACCUCUAUUCAAGGAACCCCCGCCCAGGCUGGUUGGUUGUUUGUCCGGUAGCGUCGGCUCGUUCAGUCACCCGUACUUC